AUGAGAUUUGAUGGAUUUCACUUUAAAUCAUUCACUUCAAAUGCAGAUAUAUUUGAAAAACCAUUUGAUGCCAAUAUUCAUUGGGCCAUGAUGCUUGCUGUACGAGAUUUUUGUACGAAAGGAAUUACCCUUGCUCCUACAUUGAUUUACAUAUGUUCCGAUGAAAUUACAAUGUUAUUCGCUUCCAAAAACGAAAAAAGCCUUUCAUAUCCUAGCCUCUAUAAUGGUCGUAUACAAAAACUAGUCAGUAUAUGUACUAGUUUUAUGACGGUAGGAUUUAAUCACUACCUCCGCAAACUAUUGGCAAAUAAUUAUGAAAGUUUUGAAAAGAGAAUUGAAUACGAUAGUAAGCAUUUGAAAUCUCAUUCCAAAAAGAUUCUCAAACCAUCAGAUCUAGAGCUUAGAAGAGAGACUCGACAAAAACUUCUUGAUGGUUACAUUGAUGGGCACUUUGAUGGUCGUGUCUACCAAGUACCUUCGAUAUCUCAUGCUGUAGAAUAUAUUUUAUGGAGACAACACGAUUGUGUCAGAAAUAGCAAGACCAUAUUGGGAAGUAAAUAUUUUGAUCAAACGAAAAUGGACAACCUUUCAGCAGGAGAGGUUGUGGAAAUGAUAGAAAAAAAAGUUGGAGUGAGAUGGGCAGAUUUUCCCAAUGAAUUCAAAUAUGGAACGUUUAUCAAGAAAAUCAAACAUCACAAAACAGGAUUCAAUCCUUUAACAAAAACAAGUACUAGCGUUUUGCGUACCAGCCCAUUCAAUCAAUGCAUCAAACUCAUGCACUGCACUCCAGAAUUUAUCACAAAUUUAGUCACUCAACCCUUGUGGUCUCAUAACGUGUUAGCAUGUAACCCGAUGCAUGCACCAGAGAAGGUUGUGUUGAGUUAUCCGUCAGGAGCUAAUUUCACUUUUGGAGUACAACCUUAUUCAUUUGGAAUUGGAAAUCAGGCACCUGUAUUGUAUAAGGAUCAUCUCAACUCUCCAUUCAAUGAGAAUGUUUCAAAGUAUUGUGGUACAACUCUGGCAGCUCUCUCAGAAAUGGAGAACAUUUAA